GGCGUGGUAACUGAAAACGGAAAACAUGUGAGAGGACGCAUGCUUGUUUGCUUGAAUCGUUUAAUCUACCAAUUUUUCUCCCCAUUGGCAAAACAGGAGUGUUAAACAAUCAACCAACAACUUCGUUAAGGAUAAUUUUACUGGCACAAUGCUAAGAAUUUUGCUGAGAGGUGCAAAUCUUCGUGUUGGGGCAAGUGUAACCACAGCCCUGUGCAGAAAUCUGGCUCCUCGACCACUGUCAUCCCUUACCAACAACUGUCGAUUCUAUCAAGUCUCAACCCUAGUUGCCAGAAGCAGACUUAACAAUGAGCUUUUGCAACCUGCGAGUUUCAUUCUUUCUAGAAAAUUCAGCUCAGAAAAGCCUUCCGGAGGGGAAUCUGCAGGAGCCCCUGAGGAAGCUGAAGAGGCAGGUGUUGAGGAUGAAGAUUAUCCGUCGCACCACUCACUGCCAACGACAGUGACAGUUCCUGAAGUGUGGCCCCACGUUCCAGUCAUUGCAAUUAGUAGAAAUCCAGUGUUUCCAAGAUUUAUUAAGAUGAUAGAGAUUUCUAAUCCCUUUUUGGUCGAUUUGAUCCGGAGGAAAGUGAAACUCAACCAUCCAUAUGCAGGCAUUUUUCUCAAAAAGAAUGAGGACAAUGAAUUGGAUGUUGUCCCGAGUCUUAACGACGUUCACCGAGUUGGAACAUUCGUGCAAAUCCAUGAAAUGCAGGACAUGGGUGACAAACUCCGUCUUGUUGUGAUGGCUCAUAGGAGGAUUCGCAUCGUGGAACAAAUUAUGGAGGACUUUUCAGAAUUGGAAGAAGGUCAUGAGCUCAAGCUAAAAUUUCCUCUGCUUAAAACCUCAAUGGUCGUAGACACUGACGUCGGGGACAAGAGGCGGCGGCGCAGAAAGAAGAAACGCAACGGAGAUGCUGUUGAGGGUGCGCCAGACAUAAGCUCUGCAGCCAGCGAUACAACGCCUCCUGCCCAACCUGCACAACCUGCUGAAAAGGGUCCGCAAUCAGUGCUGAUGGUCGAGGUUGAAAACAUUGUGCAUGAAAAAUUCAAGCAGACUGAAGAAGUGAAGGCUCUCACUCAAGAGGUGAUCAAGACCAUCAGAGACAUAAUCAACAUGAAUCCACUGUACAGAGAAUCGCUCCAGCAAAUGCUGCAGCAGGGCCAGCGGGUUGUGGAUAACCCUGUAUACUUGUCAGACCUCGGAGCUUCAUUGACUGGAGCAGAGCCAGCAGAGCUGCAGGAGGUUUUGGAAGAAAUGAAUAUUCCCAAGCGGCUGCUGCUUUCUUUGUCACUAUUGAAAAAAGAGUACGAGUUGAGCAAACUGCAGCAAAAAAUUGGUAAAGAAGUGGAGGAAAAGGUGAAACAGCAGCACCGGAAGUACAUUUUGCAAGAGCAGCUGAAAGUGAUUAAAAAGGAACUGGGUUUGGAGAAAGAAGACAAGGAUGCAGUGGAGGAGAAGUUCCGGGAGAGAAUCAAGGAAAAGACCGUGCCAAAGGCUGUCAUGGAGGUCAUUGAGGAGGAGCUCAACAAACUUGGCUUUUUGGAGAGCCACUCUUCAGAAUUCAACGUCACGAGGAAUUACUUGGACUGGCUGACCACUCUGCCAUGGGGAGUGACCAGUGAGGAAACCUUGGGAUUAGACGAAGCCACAAAGAUUCUUGAUGAAGAUCAUUAUGGAAUGGAGGAUGUGAAGAAAAGAAUACUAGAAUUUAUUGCUGUUAGCCAAUUGAAGGGCUCGACGCAAGGAAAGAUUUUAUGCUUUUAUGGCCCACCUGGCGUGGGGAAAACUAGCAUUGCGAAAUCCAUUGCCCGUGCAUUAAAUAGAGAGUACUUCAGAUUCAGUGUUGGUGGCAUGACGGAUGUCGCUGAAAUCAAAGGCCACAGACGCACAUAUGUUGGAGCUAUGCCUGGUAAAAUGAUUCAGUGCCUGAAGAAAACCAAGACUGAGAACCCAUUAGUCCUGAUUGACGAAGUCGACAAGAUUGGAAGGGGCUACCAGGGAGACCCUUCCUCUGCACUCCUGGAAUUGCUUGAUCCUGAACAGAAUGCCAACUUCUUGGACCACUAUUUAGACGUACCAGUGGACCUGUCUAGGGUUCUUUUUAUCUGCACGGCAAACGUGUUGGAUACCAUUCCAGAACCACUGAGAGACCGAAUGGAGAUGAUUGACGUGUCUGGCUAUGUGGCUGAAGAAAAGGUUGCGAUUGCACAACAAUACCUGAUCCCGCAAGCAAGGAAAGAAUGUGGCGUGAGCGAUGAUCAGAUAUCCAUUGAAGAGCAAGCCUUGCAGCGGUUGAUCAAAAUGUACUGUCGCGAGAGUGGCGUCAGAAAUUUGCAGAAGCAAAUAGAAAAGAUCAUACGAAAGGUUGCUUUCAAGCUGGUGAGAAAAGAGGCUGAAAACUUCGCCAUUGUCCCUGAAAACCUGACAGAUUUUGUCGGUAAACCAAUCUUUACUCAAGACCGAAUGUAUGACAUCACUCCCCCUGGCGUUGUGAUGGGCCUGGCGUGGACCGCAAUGGGUGGCUCGACCCUGUACAUCGAAACUGCUCUGCGAGUGCCAAAAACGGGGUCUGACAGUGACAAGGACGGUGAUGCAGGCAGCUUGGAGUUGACAGGCCACCUGGGCGACGUCAUGAAGGAGUCAGCAAGAAUAGCUCUCACUGUCGCCCGCAAUUUCCUGGCCAAAAACCAGCCAAAGAAUGAAUUUCUCAAGACCAACCACAUUCACCUGCAUGUUCCCGAGGGUGCCACUCCAAAGGACGGACCAAGCGCUGGAUGCACAAUCGUGACUGCCUUGCUUUCCCUGGCCGAGGACAGGCCCAUUCGACAAGACAUCGCGAUGACAGGCGAGGUGUCUCUGACGGGACAGGUGCUGCCCGUGGGAGGCAUCAAGGAAAAAACUAUUGCUGCUAAACGGGUGGGGGUCAAGUGCAUCAUUAUUCCAGAAGAGAACAAGAAAGACUUUGAAGACCUGCCCAAGUUUAUUGCUGAUGGGCUUGAAGUCCACUUUGUUAAACAUUACUCGCAAGUGUACGAUAUAGUUUUCCCUCAGAGUUAAUUUUUAGAAUACAAAUUACACAUCAUGGAUUUUUCGAUUUCUGACUUUUAUUGUUUGUGAAAUUCAACAAUCCUGUGCUUGUUUGUCAAAUAAAGUUUAGCCCUUGUAAGCCUUGUGAUCACUGAA